AUGCCCGUACUGUACCAGGAUGCAGCGCUCUCCGCUCCGUCCGCCCCGGGUCGGAUCCUGCCGGGUGCACCCUCAAGGACGAGGGGUGCUGGGCAGCCGAACCCCAAUGCCUGCGGUGGUGCCGAGCCCCAGCGCUGGGUGCAGGAUGGGGACCCGGGGCUGUCGUGGGGUUCGGCCACCCCGGCGAGGCUCUCACCUUCAUGGGGGGCUGCAUCCAGCCUCGUGACCCGAUUGCAGGAUCAGCUCGAUCCCGAAAACACCGGCUUCAUCGGGGUGGAGACGUUCGCCAGCCUCGUGCACAGUCAUGAGCUGCCCCUGGACCCCGCCAAGCUGGACAUGCUGGUGGCCCUGGUGCAGGGCAACGACGAGGGGCAGGUCUGCUAUCAGGAGCUGGUAGACCUGAUCAGCAGCAAGCGCUCGAGCAGCUUCAAGCGCGCCAUCGCCAACGGGCAGCGAGCCCUGCCCCGAGACGUGCUGCUGGAUGAGACCGGCCUGGGCUUCUAUAAGCGCUUCGUCCGCUACGUGGCCUACGAGAUCCUGCCCUGUGAGAUGGACCGGCGCUGGUACUUCUACCAGCACCGCACGUGUCCGCCUCCUGUCUUCAUGGCAGCUGUCACCCUCACCCAGAUCAUCGUGUUUCUCUGCUACGGGGCCCGGCUGAACAAGUGGGUGCUGCAGACCUACCACCCCGAGUACAUGAAGAGCCCGCUGGUCUACCACCCCGGGCACCGGGCACGCGCCUGGCGCUUCCUCACCUACAUGUUCAUGCACGUGGGGUUGGAGCAGCUGGGGUUCAACGCCCUCCUGCAGCUGAUGAUCGGGGUGCCCCUGGAGAUGGUGCACGGCAUCCUGCGCAUCAGCUUCCUCUACCUGGCCGGUGUCCUGGCAGGCUCCCUCACCGUCUCCAUCACGGACAUGCGGGCCCCCCUGGUCGGGGGCUCGGGGGGGGUCUACGCGCUCUGCUCGGCACACCUCGCCAACGUCGUCAUGGACCUGCACUUUCACACGAAGGACUAG